AUGGCGGGCGCGGUGGCGGCCGCGGGCUCUGCCGAGCAGUUCCAGCAGCUGCUGCAGCGGCCGGACAGGUCCCUGGUGGUGGUCCAUUUCUGGGCGCCGUGGGCUCCUCAGUGUGUGCAGAUGAACGAGGUGAUGGCAGCGCUGGCACGGGAGCACAGCCAGGUCACCUUUGUGCAGGGCCUGAGGCUGCUGUAUUUUCACCCCCCGUGCACUGGGGGCUGUAUUUUCACCCGCUGUGCACUGGGGGCUGUGUUAUUUAAUUUACCCCCUGUGCACUCAGAGCUGUAUUUUCACCCCCUGUGCACUCAGAGCUGUGUUUUCACCCCCCGUGCACUGGGGGCUGUGUUAUUUAAUUUACCCCCCGUGCACUCAGGGCUGUAUUUUCACCCCCCGUGCACUGGGGGCUGUGUUGUGUCCCUGCAGAACUCCCAGAAGGUGGACAGGCUGGAUGGAGCUCACGCCCCCGAGCUGACACAGAAGGUGCAGCGGCACGCAGCUGGAGCCGGCCCCGUGCCCAGCCCUGCCAGCUGUGCCCAGGAACAGCUGCAUGCCCGCCUCAAGAAGCUCAUCAACUCUGCCCCCUGCAUGCUCUUCAUGAAGGGCUCUCCCAAGGAGCCUCGCUGUGGCUUCAGCAAGCAGAUGGUGGAGAUCCUGAGCAGGCACGGCGUGGCUUUCAGCAGCUUUGACGUUUUUUGUGACGAGGGAGUUCGCCAGGGGCUCAAGGAGUUCUCCAGCUGGCCCACGUACCCACAGCUCUACGUGUCUGGGGAGCUCAUCGGGGGCCUGGACAUCGUCAAGGAGCUCGAGGCCUCAGGAGAGCUGGACACGAUCUGCCCAAAGGCACAAAAACUGGAGGACAGGCUGAAAUCUUUGAUAAACAAAGCUCCUGUGAUGCUCUUUAUGAAGGGAAACAAACAGAUGGCAAAAUGUGGUUUCAGCAAGCAAAUCAUAGAAAUCAUGAAUAACACUGGGUAA